CACCGAUGAAGUAUGUAAUAAUCACGGCCGACGACGGAUUUUAUGCGGAAACUCGAGAUGCUGGUAUCGUGCGCUGCCUUCAGAAUGACUCAGGCUUUGGUGUCACUGAUGUGUCAGUGCUCAUGAAUGGAUGUGUUGCACGGCUGCUUAUUCAGUUGGCUCCAUCCGCCCGUCCUGGAUCGUCGGUACUAUUCAAGCAACUGCAACAGUCCAGGUUAAUUCCAGGUCUUCACAUCAACCUAACUGAAGGUAUCCCACUUAGUCCCGCUCACCAGGUGCAUAGUUUGGUCAACGGGGAUGGACUUCUCCUGGGUAAACAUGGUUUGCGUGCCUGUCUGACUUCUGGUUGUGGUGUUGACUUGGAACACCUGGAGCGUGAAGUCGAGGCACAGUUGAUAAGUUUCCGACAGUUGUUUGACACGUCACCGAUCCACGUGGAUGGACAUCAACAUGUACAAGUUCUGCCAGCUCUCGUUCCUAUCUUGUGUCGUUUGCUUCCACGUCACGGAGUCCAAUGGAUUCGCAUACCGGAGGAGCUCGAGGAUAAUUUUAUCCAUGCACCUAGUGACUUGAGUGAAGAUCAGAUUGACUUCUUUCAAACCGUUUCCGCUGAAGCUGCCCUCGUUCGUACACAGUUUAUGGCCUGCGGUCUUCGGUCAACGGACGCGUUCAUUGGGAUGACACUGAUGGGUCGACACCAGACACUGGACGCAGUAAGGCAGUGUCUUGAUCGGAUUGACUACGGGAAGAGUAUAGAAUUCAUGACUCACCCGGGCUAUGCUUUAGAGAAGUCGCUUGCUGGAGAGGCUGGUUGUGGAUGUGGUGGGGAUGAUUUCGCCUGCUCAACGGACCGCGAGCAUGAAAUGGAAUUUUUGCUCAAUCCCACGUACGGUCGCUUGUUCUAUCGUGGAGACUAUCAGCGCACAAGCUUUGCUGAGCUUUUGUCUGGGAAGUAUUGGUAGUAAUCUUUGAUCGUCGACUUUUAUGACUUUUUGAAUACUUCACCUACUUCUAGUCUCAGUUUUCCAACUUCAUAAUGGCUGUCAUGAGUUUCUCCUUUUUGUUUGUGAUAUUUUUUUUAACAAAAAUGUGUAGCUAUUGAGCUAUGUCUGAUGGACUUAUUUUUCCAUUACUAUUACUGAUUAAUAUAGCAUUUCUCAUUGAAUCCGGGAC